UCUUCUUCACUACGCUAAAGUGCCAGUAGCUACGUAGUAUACAUGUUUGGCCAAGACUUGUAUAUGACAAUUGUCAAACUGAAGAAAGGAAGAAACAUCGCGCUGAACCAUGGACGGUAGUCAGUCGAAGAACACGGAUUCGCAGUUCAUAUCCUUUCACGAUUUUCCACAGAUAAAUCAAAAUGUCAAUGCCGAGGGACAACUGGGCACCGGAACUUCCGCUUCCCAGCCCUUUAAUAACCUGCCAAAUGAUUCCACGGGCAUCGGUAUAAUAGAGGAUCUGCAAGGAAUGCCCGAUAAGAACGAAAGUACUGCCCAACGUAACUUCUGGACGAUCGAAUAUUAUCAAAAGUUCUUUGAUGUUAAUACGGACGAAGUGCUGCAACGACUCAGUCGGUCUGUAAUACCUCACGGUUCGGAUUACAAUCUUCUGACACACAUAAGGUCAAAGCCAGAUUUGUACGGACCCUUCUGGAUAUGUGUGACUUUGGUGUUCUGCAUUGCGAUCAGUGGAAACAUGGCCAAUUAUCUGCAGACUGCCCGUUCUACCGACUAUCACUGGCGAUAUGAGUUCCAUAUCGUGUCAUACGCAGCCACUUGUAUAUUCCUGUACGCUUGGAUUAUACCGUUAGCUCUGUGGGGUGCGUUAAAAUGGACCAACAGUUCGAGAAACACUGAAGAAGAACUGAUUGAGUCUAACACUGUCCCUGGUCUUCUGGAACUCUUAUGUAUAUAUGGGUAUUCUUUAACCAUCUAUUGUCUAGUAGUUGUUCUUUGGGCAAUUCAAAUUAGCUGGUUGCAGUGGAGUCUUCUGAUAAUAUCGGUAUAUUUAUCUGGAGGAGUUUUGCUGCGAUCAUUACUGCCAGCCAUUGCAGGCAAACAUAGAAUUAUAUACAUUGCUGUAAUUUUGGGUAUGCAUUUAUUGUUGGCAACGGGGCUUAUGUUGUAUUUCUUUCACGUGCCAUCCAAGAGCGUAGUACCGCCGAGUGAACUAGUGACUUCCUCUACACAAGCUAAUCUGUUGCAUAAAGUGGCGCAAAAUGUCACUCACAGCGCGGAGCCGACGUCAGCGUCUUGAAAUGUGUCCACGACCAGAUCUGACGGUGUGAAGCUUUGUUCUCCGAGAAACUAUCAGGAAGAUUUCUCCAUUCCUGUGAUAACGAACAUUUUAUUUAGAAGAAUAUUAUCGCUCGAUUUACUCGGUCAAUAAUCAUGUAAUGUUACCGCAUUGAUCAGCGUACCGAUCCUUGUUUGUAUAAAAAUAAGUAUUUAUAUGUUCUGUAAACAGUGUGUAAACUCUAUAUAUAUA